GACUUGAAAAAAAAGAAGUAUAUGCUCAACUUUUUUUUGUCAGCAGAAUAUGCUCAACUAAAUAUCUUUUUGUUUAACUUUAUCUCAACUAAGUCUCUUUAACGUUAAUCUAUACUCGAAUAUAACCAAAAAAAUCGCAUUGUUGUUGUAAAAAUGUACAUUGUACUACACACCAAUCUCCAACCAAAAAAAACAAAACCCUUAUAAUUACCCCACACGCACACACACAAUAAGUAAACCCUCACAUCUCAAGUUAAGAAUAUCUCUAAACAAUAUGAACGGCAUGAGUGGAUCUUCUACGGCGGCUCCCGCACCUUCACCGUCGGCCUUAUUCCAACAUCGCCGCCGUCAUCACGGUGGCAUGAUGCACAUGACGUUCUUUUGGGGGAAAAACACAGAGGUUCUAUUCGAUGGCUGGCCAGGGACUAGCCUGAAAAUGUAUUGGGUCUGCCUUGCCACCGUUUUCGUCUUUUCCGCAUUGUCGGAGUGGUUGUCUCGAUGCGGGAUCAUGAAAGCCGGUCCGGCUAGCUUAGGCGGCGGGCUAGCCCAGACCGUGAUUUACACUGUGAGGGCUGGUUUGUCUUAUCUGAUCAUGUUGGCUGUGAUGUCCUUCAAUGGAGGAGUCUUCUUGGCGGCAAUGGCCGGGUUUGGAGUAGGGUUUUUGAUUUUUGGAAGUAGGUCUUUUAAGGACACUGGCAUUAAUAACAAUCACACCGAGGUUCAAUCACAUUGUUGAUUCUUAUUUGUUUUCAUAUCAACUCUGCUGUUUGUGGGCUUUAUCAUUUUAUUUUUGUUUCCCGUUGAAAUAACUAUAACAAUGAAAAUAAAAUCUUUCAAGAUUUUUAGAUUUAGCUAUAUUCUCUUCUUUUUUCCUUUCUUGUUUUGGUCUAAAAUAUACUCUCUAAAGAAAGAUUUUAUACAGUAUUCACGCAUAUUAAGAAUAUAAUAAAUGUUUACAGUUAAAUUUAUUGUUUAUUUCACUAUACAUUUUCCAAUAACCAUCAACCAAUAAUAUUUAAUCAAUUCAAAUAUUUUCAAUUAUUUUUUUUUAAAAGCAUAUAAUUUAUCAACAUUAACUACUAAUUUGAAAAAUAACCUAUUAAUAGUUUCAAAUUUGAAAAUUGUACUUUCUUUUUUAGUUUUGAAAACUACACUUAAUUAAAUGUGAAAAGACCUUUUCGUCCAUAAUAAAUAUUUGAAUAAAUAAAAUAUAAAUUCGAAAUUAAUGACAUCAUUAUUAUUAAAAUAUUUAUGUUUAAGAUUAAUCUAUGUUUAAGUAAAUGUGUUAUUUUACUAUUUAGAAUUUUAAAAUAACAAUGAUACUAUGGAAAAACAAUUAUGAAGUCUUCGUAAUUUUAUCAAAAAGUUUAUAUGUAUGCUUUUUAACAUUCAAAAACCUUAUAUAAAAAGAUUGCCCUACACCAUCAUUCUUGUACAAAAGAAAAGUAACGCUAGUCCCUGCAAACAUUUCAUUCUUAUGACAGGUAUUCUCUAUCAAGAAGUCUUUAAAUUAGUAAGAGAAAAUGAGGUUUACAAAAUCGAAUUACAAUCAAAGAUAUGAGUGAAGAAUUAACAAGCAUGAGACUAUGAAAACAAGAGAAAAGAAAAAUGUUUUGCAGAAAAAGAAAAUAAAAGAUUACGAAGAAGAA